AUGCGAUCUUCAGUCUACGCCGCUGCUUUCUUCUCCCUCGUCACCUUGGGCUUUGCAGCCGAGUGCCACCCCAAAGUUGAUCCCAUUCCCACCUUUUCCCUCUCCGAUGGACGAAACCUGCAGAACGAUGUCCACGGCAACCAGUUCCAGCCUCCUUUGGAAUUCCCUCUAACCAUCGACCCGGCACAUACCGCUUCCUUCAGCGUUGGCAGCGCCAUUGCCUGUAUUGAGAACGCCUAUUCGUACGAGAGCACACGUAUUGGCCAGACCGACCUAGCCAACGCUAUCCAGAACAUCAUGGACGAGUGUGACAACGGCGAUGGUACCACCAAAGGUGGCAAGGUCGACAUUAUUGGCGAUAAUGGACUUCCCCUUGAGGUCCUGAUUCAGGACCGUUCGCUUGGCUGCGAGAACUAA